AUGGACGACUUCCAGGGCCUGCUGGCCCGCGACUUCGGCCUCCGCCCGCAGGGGAAGGCCGCGCCCAUGUCGGCCGCGCGCACCUCGGGGCCCUCCGGAUCCGCCUGGACCAAUACCAGAUCCGCCGCGGGGUCCGCCUCCGCGGCCGCCGCCCCGUCCGCGCCCUCCUACGACGAGCUCUUCGGGUCCGCCCCGCCGCAGCCGCCCAAGGCCACGCCGUCGCCGUCGCUCGACAACAUCUUCGACUCGUUCAAGGACCCCGCCGCUUCCACCGCGCCGCCGCCGCCGAAGCCGAAGCACUCGUCCAUGCCGGUGUUCGACAAGCCGGUCUACGACGACGACAUCUUCGUCGGGGUCCCUGGGGUUAAGAGCUCCUCGGCGCGCUACGACGAUGUGUUCGGGGGAAGCCAGAGCCAGAGCCGCGAGGCGCCUCCGGCGUUCGAUGACCUGCUCGGUGGAUUUGGUAAGAGCCCACAGACGAGGGAAGAGGUCGAUGAGAAGAGGAAGCCAGAGGCAGCUGCGGCGGCUACUGGGUUCGAUUAUUUGAUGCCAGGCUUUGGCGGGAGAAGCUCCCCGCACCAAAGGGAUACUGUUGGUGCAAAACAAAAGAAGGUUUCCAUGUCAACAUCUAAGCAACCAGCUAGCUUAAGUGACCCCUUUGUUGUCCUCGAAACAACUUCAUCCUCAGCCCAUCCAUUCGCAGAUCCCUUGGAUGAAUUCGGUAAAGCUGCAAAAUAUCAAGGGAAAAGUCGUGAAAGUACUAGCGUUGGGAGCAGUCUGUUUGAGGAUUCAAGCACUUUCAACCAGGCUCCAAAAUCCGAACGUUUUUUUACCUCAGAGGUGGACAAUCGCUCGAAGGAUAGGAAUGAGUCAAGCAGAGCCCGAGACUCAAAUCCUGUACAGAGUUUUUCUAAAAGGAACUCCUCCCAACAACCUUCUGUAGAGGAUUUUGAAAAUAUCUUUCCUAAGUCACAGUCUGCCAGAUAUUCUGAUGUCCAUGUUGACAUUGGCUCAGAGAAAUAUAGUGGGAAUGGUAUAAAUGAUCAGUCACCUAGAUCUGAUGAAUCCGAAGAUGAGAUAUGGCUUACGGCUUCUGAGAUUCCCCUCUUCACACAGCCAACUAGUGCCCCGCCACCUUCAAGGCCACCGCCACCUCUUGCAGUUAAGCAAAAACAUGGAUCAAAAUCAAAAAGAAAAGAUGAUGAACAUCUACGGCGGUCUAGGAAAAACAUUGAUCAUCAAAGAAGUUUGUCAAAUCAGGCUGGUGUUUCUACAGUAGAUGAACUAGAAGAUUUUGCCAUGGGUAAGUCUCAGAAUGUGCAUGCUUUUAAUGAUGAAGAAUUUGAGAGAAGUACAGCGGCGGCGGCAUCUGCAGCUGCUAUGAAAGAGGCCAUGGAUAAAGCUGAGGCAAAGUUCAAACAUGCCAAGGAAGUACGGGAGAGAGAGCGUGAUGCGAAGCUUAGAAAUAGAGAACAACAGGAACAAGAUAAUGUAACAAGGUUGUAUGCCCAGGAUCGUGAGGACAAAGAGAGAAAGGAAAGACUAGAACAAGAAAGAGAGAUGAGGCAAAAAGAGGAAAAUGAAAGAGAGCAAAGAAGACUUGAGGGGGAGAGAGAACUUGAGCGACAGAGAGAAAGAGAAAGAGCUAGGCAAGCAGUGGAGAGGGCUACAAAGGAGGCACGGGAAAGAGCAGCUGCUGAAGCUCGUGCAAAAGCAGAGAGGGAGGCACGCCAACGUUCAGAACGUGCUGCUGUGCAAAGAGCCCAACAGGAAGCACGCGAGAGGGCAGCAGUGGAGGCUAAAGAGCGAGCAGAGAGGGCUACUGCAGAAGCAAAGGAAAGGGCUGCUGCUGAAGCUAAGGAGAAAGCUGCUAGUCAAGCCAGGGAUAGGGCUGCAGCAGAAAGAGCUGCUGUGGAGAGAGCUCAGCUAGAAGCGAGGAAGAGAGCUGAACGAGCAGCAGUGGAAAGGGCUGCUGCUGAGGCUCGGGAAAGACAGGCUGCUGCGGCGGCGGCUGCAGCUGCAAGAGAAAAAACGAGCAAACCAGAUGAUCUUGAAUCCUUCUUUGGUAUGGGUGCCCGAGCUAAUAGUGCUCCGAAGCAAAGGGCUCCAACAGUGGAUUCUAUGUUUGAUUCUCAAACGCAAAAUAGAGGGACUUCCACUUCGACAUCAAUGAAAAAGGCAUCAUCAACAGCAAAUAUUGCUGAUGACUUGUCUGCAAUAUUUGGAGGAGCUCCUACAUCAUCAGACGAAUUUCAAGAAGUUGAUGGGGAGAGCGAAGAAAGAAGACGUGCUAGGUUGGAACGGCAUCAAAGAACUCGUGAACGAGCGGCAAUGGCUUUGGCUGAGAAGAAUGAACGCGACAUGCAGCAACAAAGAGAGCAGGCUGAAAGACAUAGGCUUGCGGAAACACUGGACUUUGAGAUUAAGCGCUGGGCUGCUGGAAAAGAAGGCAAUUUGCGUGCAUUGCUAUCAACUUUACAAUAUGUUCUUUGGCCAGAAUGUGGAUGGCAACCUGUAUCCCUCACUGAUUUGAUCACUGCUGCUGCUGUUAAAAAAGUGUAUAGAAAAGCAACAUUGUGUAUCCAUCCUGACAAGGUGCAGCAAAAGGGUGCCAAUCUCCAACAGAAAUAUAUCGCUGAGAAGGUUUUUGAUCUCCUUAAGCCUGGACCACCAUCUGGUGCCUGGGAAGUACCUGAUGUGUACUGUUCUGCCUAUAGCCAAAUCAAUGCUAAUCCAAGUAAUGACCUGUUAGCCUGCUUCAUAGUUCAUACUAUAGUAAUUGAAGUUAACGAGAAAAAUUAG